AUGAUCAGAGCACGACCAUCCCAGUACCAGCUACGAACACUCCUAAGGGCACACUCCCCAGCAGCAUACGCACGCAGCCCCGCCCUCAUCGCCCCCCCAGCAGCCGCCCGCCCCCUCUCCACCCGACCCGCGAUCCACUUCCACGCCGACUUGAAAUCAGACUGCCGAUUGGCGCACUCGAUUCGAUCAUUUCAUUCCACAGGAUGCAACCCAGUCGAGACGGUCAAGGUGCCCCAGAUGGCCGAAUCGAUCUCGGAAGGCACGCUGAAACAGUGGCUCAAGAAGACGGGAGACUACGUCAAGGUGGACGAGGAGGUGGCGACGAUCGAGACGGACAAGAUCGAUGUGAGUGUGAAUGCGCCCAAGGCGGGCAAGAUUGUGGAGACGAUGGCGAGCGAGGAGGACACGGUGACGGUGGGCCAGGAUCUGUUCAAGCUCGAGCCCGGGGAAGGGCCGUCUGGAGAGCAGGAGGCCCCGAAAGCCAGCAGCACCGCCCCCCCUGACUCGGAACUCCCCGCGGGAGCCAAGGACGAGAAGCACGCGAAGGAAGCCGCCCAGGCGGCCCCCGACAGAACGCCCACGCCGGCCAAAUCCGACGACGCCGCCCAGAAAUCUUCGCACGACCGUAAGCGCUGGUCGGACGUCGAGGUCGAAAACAAGGAACGCACCCCGCGCAGGGCCGAGCCCCAAGUCACGGAAUCCAAGCUGCCCCAGGGCAGAACCGACUUCGACGGGAAAGCGGUCGGCGAGACCCAGGCCAGCAGACCCGCCCUGUUCGAUCGCACCGAGCGCCGAGUGAAGAUGAGCCGGAUGAGGAGCCGGAUUUCGGAGCGACUGAAGCAGUCGCAAAACACGGCGGCCUCGUUGACGACGUUCAACGAGAUCGACAUGACGUCGCUGAUGGAGAUGCGCAAGCUGUACAAGGACGGGGUGCUGAAGGAGCGCGGGGUCAAGCUGGGGUUCAUGUCGGCGUUUGCCCGGGCGGCCUGUCUGGCGCUGAAGGAGAUCCCGGGCGCGAAUGCGUCGAUCGAGGGCCCCGGGCCGGGUGACCAGAUCGUCUACCGCGACUACGUCGACCUCUCCGUCGCCGUCGCCACGCCCAAGGGCCUCGUCACCCCCGUCGUCCGCAACGCCGAGAGCCUCGGCUUCGUCGACAUCGAGCUCGAAAUCGCCCGUCUCGGCGCCAAGGCCAAGGACAACAAGCUCUCGCUCGAGGACAUGGCCGGCGGCACGUUCACGAUCUCCAACGGCGGCGUCUUCGGCUCCCUCUAUGGCACCCCGAUCAUCAACUUGCCCCAAUCCGCCGUCCUCGGCAUGCACGCCAUCAAAGACACCCCGGUCGUCAGGAACGGGCAGAUCGUCAUCCGUCCCAUCAUGAUCGUCGCGCUCACCUACGACCAUCGCAUCCUCGACGGCCGCGAAGCCGUCACGUUCUUGGUCAGGAUCAAGGAAUACAUCGAAGAUCCCCGCAAGAUGUUGCUCAGCUAA